CUUAGUCGGAGACGUCACUGCUGCUACGUGUCCAGGAAGUCACCCAAAUCAACAUGGCGGCACAACAGGGAGAAGUCGAUGAGCUUUUCGAUGUGAAAAAUGCCUAUUACAUUGGAAGUUAUCAACAAUGCAUCAACGAGGCACAGAAAGUAAAGCCAUCUUCACCAGAAAAGGAGGUCGAGAGAGACAUGUUCCUGUACAGAGCCUACAUAGCCCAAAGGAAGUAUGGAGUAGUUCUGGAUGACAUCAAGUCUAGCUCUGCAGCUGAACUUCAGGCUGUCAAGAUGUUUGCAGAUUACCGUGCCAACGAAAGCAAAAGGGACGCCAUCGUAGCAGACCUGGAUAAGAAUAUGGCAAAGAGCGUCGACGCAGCCAACACCACCUUCCUCCUGAUGGCUGCGUCCAUCUACUACCACGAAAUAAACUCAGACGCUGCUCUCAGGACCCUUCACCAGGGAGAGAGUCUGGAGUGCAUGGCGAUGACCAUUCAGAUUCUGCUCAGUCUGGACCGAGUUGACUUGGCAAGGAAGGAGCUGAAGAAGAUGCAAGAACAGGAUGAAGACGCCACUCUGACCCAGCUGGCCACUGCCUGGGUGAACAUCGCUGUGGGGGGAGACAAGCUGCAGGAUGCCUACUACAUUUUCCAGGAGAUGUCAGAGAAGUACUCGGCCACGCUGCUGCUGCUCAACGGCCAGGCCGCCUGCUACAUGGCCCAGAACAAAUGGGAGGAGGCAGAGGGCGUGCUGCAGGAGGCCCUGGACAAGGACAACGGGCACCCUGAGACCUUAAUCAACCUGAUCGUGCUGACACAGCACUUGGGAAAGGCCCCAGAGGUAACCAAUCGGUAUCUGUCUCAGCUGAAAGAUGCCCAUAGGUCCCACCCCUUCCUCAAAGAAUACUUCACCAAGGAGAAUGACUUCGACAGACUGGCCAUGCAAUAUGCACCUACGGCAACAGCAUGAGAUUUGCUAUAAUAUGUUUAGAUACCUACCAGUGCAACAACAUGAAAAGGUAUCUAUUUUUAGAGUCCCCUUUGAUGUUUGGAACAUUUGCAUUUCUUUCAUUGCAAAUACCUACCCCAAAGCAUUCCUUUUGUGUGGGUAAUAAAGGUUUUAUUUCAUCUGGUA